AUGGACCACGUGACCACCUCAAUGAAUCCUGACGAUAUCAUGCCUUACGCCGAGUCCGAACUCUGGCCCUCCGAUGUAAAAGUCUGGUACAUGCUCUCUUGGGUUUUGAUCUGCGGACUGAUCGGCCUCAUAGCUUUUCCACUGUCAAUGCUCGCUAUUGGAUUCAGUGUUGAUGGAGUCGUUGCACUUUCAUGCGCUGCUUGCACACAGAGUUGCAUUUAUGGUGGUGCUACAAGUGGCUGCUUCAGCAUCAUGCAAGCUUUGGGCACGCAGCCUCUUGUGAUGGUGAUCAUUGGAUUCAUAUUUGGCUCGGUAUCUGGCGGACUGAUUGCAAACAAAAUAUACGUCGACCAUUUCGAUGCUCUUGGCAAUUCUACAAUUACGACCACUUCGAUGGCGCCUUUUUAG